CAGUUGUAAAUCUAUUUGUGAAGGUUUAAAAAAAAUCUUUUAAAUAUGCUUGACCGCAUUAGUCUUAAAAAUGUUGCCUAAAACCCAGUGAAUUACCAUUAAGAAAUGACCAGUAAAGCCAAAACAGAAAACAAGUGUAAGUACCAAGUAUCAGCCAGGAAGUAGAACAAAUAGAAUUCCCAUGCAAUGCUGAUGGAUUAUAAACUGGUGCAACUACUUUGGUAGCUUUUUUUUUUUUUUUUGCUUGGUUGUAUGUGUUUUAUUUUAAUAAACUGCUUUACAUGUCCAUCAUGCCUCUGACCCAACAAAUACCUUCCAAGAAGUGUGUACUUAAGUCCAUCAAAAUAAAUACAAGAGCACAAGAAUGUUCAUUAUGUUCACGAUAACUCCAAGCUAAAAGUGACAAACGAUCAUCAGUUUAGGAAUGGAUAGUGGGGUUGUUGGGUAUUCAGUGGCUACUCCAUAGUUGUAAGAAUGAAGAAGCUCUUCCUGCUUAAAACAACAUGGGUAGAAAAGUAAGCGCAGGAUUUCACAUAAAAUUCAAAAAUAGGCAGAAGGAAUCUGUAACAAGGGAAGACAGAGUUGUGAAUGGUGGAAGGUUGGUGUGCAGGUUUUCAUGCCCACAUUUUCAAAGCUUUAUAUUUUUUUCUGCUUAUGCUUUGUGCAAGAUGCUUGAGAAAUUACAUGAGUGUGAUGUUGUCAGCUAGUUGUGUUAGAAGGCCUGUGUGCCUCCAUUUAUUCUGUGUGUGUGUGUUGGAGUAGAGGGGAGGGGACCAUCUUUCUCUCCUGCCUCACCUGCUGCUAAGUCCGUAUGCCUCAUGAAGAGGAAUCUGUGCUAAGCAACUGCUGGCAGAAAGCAGCCAGUCUUCAGGGACCAGCAGAGAGAAAGUGGCCUCCAGAAUUAGUACAAAUUUGUUGGCUGAUGAUGUCCCGACUCCUGCACGCUUCGCUUGGCCAGAGUCUGUGUGCACAGACUGUGCAGUCCCCGAAGCUUCCGGGGGGAGGGUGGUCAGUGCUGGUGGGAUCUGUCACCUCCUCCUCAGGGACUUGGCGUCCUCGUACUGAAUGUUCUCCCCCUCUGGCCUUGGUGCAUCAUUCUGGAAGCCUUGCAGAUUCCUGGGUACGGAUUUUAUUUACCUUAUUUUGUCUCAACUUGUGUUCUCCAGAGACACGUGAGCAAAAGGCCCUGCUCUGUAUAGAUUCCCCAAAACUCUUGUUUCAGUGAAAGAAUCACAGGUUAGAUCUACUGUACAGGUGAUAGCUGAAUGAGCGUUUUUCAGUCCAGUGCUUCCUCUGUUGUCAGUAAGCGACACUAUGGAUAAAAAGUCCUGACUCUGGUUAAGUAUUAUUUUUAUUUUUUUAGGGAGCUAUUAUCCAAUUGCUAAGAUAGGUGUGUGUGCUUUAUUUAACGUAGUUUUACAGGAUUUGAUCAAAGGGAGGAAUUCUAAGGAUUAUAUGCCCUUGUGUUGCUGAUUUGUCCUUAGUAAUGGGAGAUUCCUAGAUAGAGGUAGUUAUUUAUACACAGGUGAACCCUGAGCUCUUUGGUGUCUCAUUCCAAUCUUUAUACAUUUAUGUCUAAAAAAUGGUAAAGAAAGAUUUAUAACCAUGUUGUUUAAACCAUAAACUGUUUCAUUAGCUCCCAGUGGGAUUUGACGUCAUUGUGGUAUGUUGUUGGGUAUCAUAUGUGAAUUGUUGUGCUCAUUUGUUUUUAUAGGAUUUGCUUUAUGUGACAGGCAGAGUGACACAGCAAUAGAAACGGUGGCAGAGAUCUGGGUCAUUCCCCAAAUGGCCACAGUGAAUUCAUGGGCUCUGAACUCCAUCCGUGUCUCCCACGUGGGUGUCAGAAACUCAGUCAUUUGACCAUCUUCCAGUGCUUUCGUAUGCACGUUAGAGAACCGGAUUGAAAAUGGAACAGUCAGGACUGAACUAUGCUGUUGCCAUAGGCGAUGGCUUAACGUGCUGUGCCACAGUGCUGGUUCCUUGUUUAUUAUCAUUGAUAUUGUAUAGACUGUGAUAUUGAUGAACUUGAUCUGUUACCUAGAAAUAUACUUGAGGGCAGACAUUGGAUGUAGCACUAUUCAGACACCAUUGGAUGCACCUGUGUCUCAUUGGAGUACCAGGAUUUGAUACCUGGCUGUUGCCUGACUCAUUUCCUGUUAGUGCAGAAUCUGUGAGGUAGUUAUUGCAUUGUGCCAUCCAUGUGGGAGAUCUUGAUGGCACUUCUAGUUCCUAGCUUUGACUUGGGUGAGUCCUGUUAGCACUGUUGAGAACCAGUGCAUAUACUCUUUGUGGCUCUCAAAAACAAACAAAAACAAAACACACACAAAAAACCAGGUAUGCAGAUCUCCAGACUUGAAGCAUGUAUUGUAGAAUAUACACUUAAGUAUGUCAAAUGAAUCACAGUGUGUGUCAUUGCUUUCUCCUAGACACUUCGUCUUGCGAGUGGCCUGUCGGUGUGCGAGCGAGCCUUGCUUGGAGGAAGGCAAAGGAUCCACCUCCACCUGUCGGGGGAAGAACAGUGCUGCUGGUUUCUGCUCUCUGACUCUGGCUCACUGCUCCGCGUUCUCCUGGGAUGUUCAGCAGCUCUCCAGGCCUUUCAGUCCAGGGUAAAGCCGUUGGAGCAAGCCAGCAAAGGUAGAGAAUGAUGUAAUGUCCUGGCAAGCCCAAAGCCUCUUUUGUUGUGGAGUGGUUAUUGCAGUCAUCUCUAUGAACCAAGUGUGAGGGGCUGCUUUGUGGAAGGCAGUCCUGGGCAAGAGCUCAUCAAGCUAAAGAGAAAGAGACAUUUACUUGGAGGGCUGUUGCCGAAAAUGGAUUUAACUCUCCUUUUGCCGCUCACCAGUAAGCUGACCUCACACAUCUUGAGUACAAUGGAGCGGCUCAGCCUUUGAGCACGCCACCAUUACAUCAUUGUGGCAAAUUAAAGACGGAGGUGGAAAAAGAGGACUCAUUGUCAUGGCCCAUGAGAUGAUUAGAACUCAAAUUCUUACUGAUAAGCUGGUGGCUCUCCUGGAAAGUGGAACGGAAAAAGUGCUGCUAAUUGAUAGCCGGCCAUUCGUGGAGUACAAUACAUCCCACAUUUUGGAAGCCAUUAAUAUCAACUGCUCCAAGCUUAUGAAGCGAAGAUUGCAACAGGACAAAGUGCUGAUUACGGAACUCAUCCAGCACUCUGCAAAACAUAAGGUUGACAUUGACUGCAGUCAGAAGGUGGUGGUGUAUGAUCAGAGCUCCCAAGACGUUGACUCCCUGUCCUCAGACUGCUUCCUCACUGUACUUCUGGGCAAACUGAGGAAGACCUUCAGCUCUGUGCACCUGCUUGCAGGUGGGUUUGCCGAGUUCUCGCGUUGUUUCCCUGGCCUCUGUGAAGGAAAAUCCGCUCUAGUCCCCACCUGCAUUUCUCAGCCUUGCUUACCUGUUGCCAACAUUGGGCCAACACGAAUUCUUCCCAAUCUUUAUCUCGGCUGCCAGCGAGAUGUCCUCAACAAGGAGCUUAUGCAGCAGAAUGGCAUCUGCUACGUGUUAAAUGCUAGCAACACCUGUCCCAAGCCAGACUUCAUCCCCGAUUCGCAUUUCCUGCGGGUGCCUGUGAAUGACAGCUUCUGUGAGAAAAUCUUACCAUGGCUGGACAAAUCUGUAGAUUUCAUUGAGAAAGCAAAAGCCUCCAACGGGUGUGUCCUCGUGCACUGCUUGGCUGGGAUCUCUCGCUCUGCCACCAUUGCCAUAGCCUACAUCAUGAAGAGGAUGGACAUGUCGCUGGACGAAGCUUACAGAUUUGUGAAAGAAAAAAGACCUACUAUCUCUCCCAACUUCAACUUUCUGGGCCAGCUCCUGGACUAUGAGAAGAAGAUUAAAGAUCAGCCUGGGGCGCUGGUGCCCAGGAGUGCCAUCAUGCUGCCACACGCAGAGAAGUCCAGCGAGCCUGGCCCUGCUGCCUCUGAGGGGGGUCGGCCAAGGACGGGGGUCCCUACUGCCCCCUGUGCCAACUCCGCUACCUCAGAGGCAGCAGGGCUGGGGCCCAUGCCACCUGCCUGCGGGCCCGGCCUGCCGCCUGGCCUGCAGGACGACAGCCUGCUGGUCCAGGCCCUCAAUGGGCUCCACCUGCCCUCAGACAAGCUGGAAGACAGCAGUAAGCUCAAGCGGUCCUUCUCUCUGGACAUCAAGUCAGUGACGUGUUCGGCCAGCACGGCCUCCUUGCACAGCUUCUCCUCCGAAGAUGCUCUGGAAUACUUAAAGCCUUCCGCGACUCUGGAUGGGACCAACAAACUCUGCCAGUUCUCGCCCGUGCAGGAGGUAUCGGAGCAGACUCCCGAGAACAGCCCGGACAAGGAAGAGGCUAGAGUCCCCCAGAAGCCGCAGCCUCCCUGGCCUGCGGAGAGCCAGAACCUGCGGCUGCACGCAGUGCGUGGCAGUGGCACCCCGCCGAGGGCUCGCGUGGCCCCUCUGCACCGCACCGGGAGCGUGGAGGACAAUCUCCACCCUGGCUUCCUCUGGGGAACCCCCACCAGCCAGCAGCACCUUACCACGUCGGCCGCUGGUCUGGGCCUCAAGGGCUGGCACUCUGACAUCUUGGCCCCUCAGACCUCGAGCCCUGCCUUGCCCAACAGCUGGUAUUUCAGCACUGAGUCCUCUCACUUCUACUCUGCCACCGCCCUCUAUGGAGGCAGUACCAGCUGCUCUGCCUACAGCUGUAGCCAGCUGCCCACAGGCAGUGACCAGGUCUACUCUGUGCGCAGGCGCCAGAAGCCCAGUGACCGAGUGGACUCCCGGAGGAGCUGGCACGAGGAGAGCUCCUUUGAGAAGCAGUUUAAGCGCAGAAGCUGCCAGAUGGAAUUUGGAGAGAGUAUCAGGUCUGAGAACAGGUCGCGCGAGGAGCUGGGCAAGGUGGGCAGCCAGUCGAGCUUCUCCGGCAGCAUGGAGAUCAUUGAGGUCUCGUGAGCAGACAGGCCUGCGAGACUGCUCCUGGUGACUUUGGUUCACAGAAAAAUUCCCUGUAAAUCUGAAAUACAUAUAUGUACAGACAUAUCUAUUUUUGGAAAAUGGAGCUAUGGUGUAAAAGCAAACAGUGGGUCCGCACAGUUCCCUCUCACCAUGUGCACGGGUGAGGUGAGCAAGCGGAAGGGGUCGCUCGCCUCCCCUCUGUGCAGCAGGUGGAUUCUCUGACUUGCACGUCCUUCCGAGCAGAGCGCGUGCGCUCAGUGGCAGAGGCCAGCACCCCCUGCUGCUUCCGCACUGUGCUACAGCAAUCUCAGACACUGCUCUGUGCAGCCUUCCACUGUGCACCUUAGCGCCAACUGAGCCAGCUUGUGGGUCGGAUGGGCAGACCCUCCCGGGGCAGAACCCGACGGGAACCC